UCGAACCCCCCCCUGGUGGUCGGCUCUUCUGCCCCUACGGCUUCGGCACAGAAUGCCAAGGCUGCCUCGUCACCUUCACCAGUGAACGGCAAGCAGCCCGUCCCUCCUGCGGUCCCCACCGUCGCCCGCAGCUCCUUCAACGGCUCCGGCCCCGACCACUUUCGAAAAGGCUCCGUCACCAUGGCUGCCAACGGCCCCAGCGGCUUCGUCCCCAACGGCGGCUCCAUUGCCGGUGCCAAGGCCGGCAUCCAGUUCGGCUACGACUCGCCCGCCAUGGGCCACAGCACUCCCCAAGUCGGCCACUCUGCGCCCAUUCCCGUCCCCGAUGCGAACAACCACCACCGAGUGCCCUCGCCUGCGCACUCUCCGGCCCCUAUCCCGCAGCCCUCCGCCAGCGGUGGCCGACCUCCGUCCAGCCUGCAGCAGCCGACGAACCAGAUGACCUUUGGCAGUCUCGGCAGCGAUGGCGAUCGCCACAUGAGACAGGGCUCCGUCCCCCCCAACCCGAACCUGGCUUCUCAGUCCGGCGCACACUUCCGCCGCGAGUCGAGCCAUUCUGUGCAGAGCGACAGCAGCCGCGGCAACUUUGGGCCUCAGAACAACCGAAAUCGAAACUCGUUCAACCCGCAUGCCACCCAAUUCAACAACCAGAUGGGUUUCCCUCCCCAGAACCAGUUCCGAACUCCUGGCCAAAACCGUGGCAUGCCUCCGUCGUUCCAGCCUAACCCUCGAGGCUACCCGAACUCGCCCCAGCCUGCCCGCAGCCCGGCCCUCGCCAACCUCGUGCCCUCGCUCCCGGGCACCCCCAACAUGCCCCCGGCGACGAUGCAGCCCAACAUGGCCAUGCCGAAUGCUCCUGCGUACCACUACCCGCCACCGAUCCCGGCUUCUCAUCAGCAACAAGUACAAGUACAGUACCCCUUUCCUGCAGUAGCCGCCAAAAUGCAUUCCAAGCCCAGUGUCAAAAAGUCAAAGAGCCGUCGUGAGUACGAAAGGCACUUUGAACAGUCAAAUCCCUUGGACUCCGCGCGUGAGCAGCCUCCUACCAGCGCCGGUUGGCAGCAGCAGCAGCACCAGCAACGUCGCUUUGGUAGUCAAGGCCAGCGUGCAGAUACAUCGUGGCGUGUCCACCACGACAAGAACAACAACAACAACAACAUGCGUCCGAUUUCGAGUGGAAUCCAAAAGGACGGCCCUUCUCCCCCCUCUGUCCCUCUUGUCGACGCUCCCCUCAGCCAUCCAAAUUCGCUUGAUCUUUCUCCUGAAAACGGAGGCUUUGAACUUUGGCUAACUUGGAAGAAUCAGACUUACGGCUUCCCCCCGCAGCAGAUGAACCAAUACGGCCAGCCCAUGACCGUGCCGUACUACGGCGGCGCCAUGCCCUACAUGGGACCUCCCCAGCCCGGUGCUCAAGCUUACAACCAGCAGUUCGCGCCCCCUACCUUCCACCAGCAGAGCCACAGCAUGUCCCGAACACCCUCACAGCCUGAGCGACCUGCCAGCGCCAGCCAGCCCAGCCAGCCGGCCAUUGUCUCAUCAAACCCCAAGGCCCUCAACACCCAAGCCAACCCCAACAGCUUCGUUAAGCCCAGGAAGAGCGCCGCGGUUCAAAUUAAGAAUCUUGCCGGCGAGGUGGUUGAUACCUCAACUUUCAAGCAGCCAGCUUCUCCCGUUCCUCACCAGACUAGGACGCCCCCCGUCAUCGCGGCAUCCACUCCGCCUCAGCAGAAGCUCGAUGCGCCCAGCCAUGCUCGCACAGACAGCCAGUCGCCGAACAAGACGGCCAAGGAGAUUCAGGACGAAUUGAAGGCCAAGAUCCAGGCUGAGAUCCGAGCUGCUUCAGAAAAGGCUGCCGAAAAGGCCAAGGAGGAGGCCAAGGCAGCAGCCGCUGAGGAUGCUGGCGCCAAGAAGGAAGAAGCUCCUGAAGCAAAGGUGGAGGCAAAGACGGAGGCCAAGGCGGAAGCCCAGCCCGAGGUCAAGGCCCAGCCUGAGGCGGCGGUGCCCGAAGUCAAGCCCGAAGAGCCAAAGGCUGAGCCUGCCGAGACCAAGAAGCCUGCCGACAAGCCUGCCGAAGCUCCCAAGGCCGAGGAGGCCCCUGCGAAAGCGGAGGAGCCCGCCAAGAGUGAUGAGCCGACGGAGGACGAACUCGAGCGCAUCAUUCGGGAAAUGGAAGAGGCCGAAGCCAAGCGUGAGGCUGAGGAGGAGGAGCACCGCAAGAAGAGGGAGGCCGAAAAGGCAGCCCAGAAGAAGGCCGAGGAAGCCAAUGCGAAGAAGAACGCUGAAGAAGCGGACCGCAAACUGCGGGAGCAGGAACGCGAGAUGGAGAGACUCGAGGAGGAGAAGGAGAGGCGACGAGAAGCCGCCGAGUCCUCUGGAAAGUCCCUCUCCGUCGCCGAAGCCCUUGCUCAGAUGCGCGGCGGCAACGCCCCGGACAAGAAGGACGAGCCUGCCGGUGUCGAGGCUGUUACCGACAAGCUCGCCGACUUUAGCAUCACCGGCGACAAGUCUGGUGACGCUGCCGGCCAGAAGGAGAAGCGAGUUGGAAAGCCCGCCGCCCUCAACCUGGCGCCCAUCAAGACCAGCGCCGUGGAGCCUCCUCAGCCCAGCGCCGCGCUGCAGUCUCUCAAGUCGGCUCGCUUCCUCCAGGUGAUGGACCAGGACAUUUACCCCGAGGGCAUCAAGUCCCCCAACCCGGCCCUCAACGCCGCCGUUGCCAAGAAGGGCAAGACGUUCAAGUACGAUGCCGCCUUCUUGCUCCAGUUCCAGAAGGUCUUCACCGAGCAGCCCUCGCUCCAGUUCCACCAGCAGAUUAAGCAGCUGAUUGGCGAUGGCGAUGGCAACCGCUCUCAAUCGCGCGGCCAGACGCCUAGCUCGGCCAGACAGGGAUCCCGUGGAGGAGGAGGCUUCCCCGGCGGCUCGUUCGGCGUCCCUGGCGGGCGCACCCUGCCUCCGGGCACCACAUCCGCCGACCGCAUGGCCAUUGCCAGCGGCGCCCUGCCGCGGCCGCAGGUCAACCCGAUGGCGUCGUUCCAGCGUCCCGGCGCUGCCUUCCCUUCAUCGUCGUCCAUGUCCCGCACCUCUUCUCAGAACAUGCGCAACAACCUGCCCAACUCCCCACGCCAGUCCAGCCGAUCCACCCGCGGCAGCCGACGCAACGACAUGGGCAACAAGGAGGCCCAGGCUGCCAAGACCAUGCCUCUCACGGCCGGCAUGGAGGUCAAGCCCAUCACUGUCUCGGCCUCUGGAUGGAAGGCCAGCAGCCUGGGUAAGGCGCCCUCUGCGGCCACUCCUCAACCUGGCCAGCACAUGGACCCGGAAAUGGUUCAGCGCAAGGUCAAGGCUGCCCUCAACAAGAUGACGCCGGACAACUUCGAGCGUAUCUCGGAGCAGAUUUUGACCAUUGCCUCACAGUCCAAGGAUGAGACCGAUGGGCGGACACUGCGCCAGGUCAUCCAGCUGACCUUUGAAAAGGCCACCGACGAAGCCCACUGGGCUUCCAUGUAUGCCAAGUUCUGCAAGCGCAUGCUUGAGACCAUGAGCCCUGACAUCCGGGACGAGAACAUCAAGGACAAGAACGGCAACGUGGUCAGCGGCGGCAACCUCUUCCGCAAGUACCUCCUCAACCGAUGCCAGAAGGAGUUUGAGCGUGGCUGGACGACCAACCUGCCCGAGGCCCCUGCGGCCACCGAGGAGGGCGAGAAGAAGUCGGCAGAGGCGACCAUGCUCUCUGACGAGUAUUACGCCGCCGCCGCCGCCAAGCGACGAGGCCUUGGUCUCGUCCAGUUCAUCGGAGAGCUGUUCAAGCUGGGCAUGCUUACUGAGCGCAUUAUGCACGAGUGUGUCACCAAGCUUGUCGAUUACAAGGGAAUGCCCGACGAGGCCGAAAUCGAGUCUCUCUGCAAGCUGCUGCGCACUAUUGGUGCCAACCUCGACGAGACGGACAAGGGCCGUCCUCUGAUGGACAUUUACUUCCAGCGUAUCCAGGGAAUGGCCGAUCUGCCCGAGCUUCAGAGCCGUAUGAGGUUUAUGCUCAUGGAUGUUAUUGACCUCCGAAAAGCCCGCUGGGUCUCGAAGGAUAGCAACAAGGGCCCCAAGACAUUGGAAGAAGUCCGCGCCGAAGCGGAGGCUCAAUCAGCUGCCAAGGCUCAGGAAGCGGCGCGAACGAGCCAGCGAGGCGGCCCUGGUGGUGGCCGACCCCCUGUCGGUCGCGGCGAUGCUCGAGGCUUUUCCGGAAGCUUCAACCAGCCCAGCAACCAGGUGGGCAUGGACGACCUCCGACGUCUCAAGGGCUCGUCCGUCAACAGGACGUCAAGCUCAAACGUCACUCUGGGUCCUACGUCAAUGUUGUCCUCUCGUAGCAACAGCGGACGGCGGUUCGGACCUGGUGGCGCUCUCGGUCGUCCUGGCGAUGACUCCAACAGCUCGUCUCGUGCUGGAACCCCCGGGCCGACAAGCUCUAAUGCCUUUAGCUUGCUAGCCACUAUGGAUGAUGGUCACCCGGCCUCCCCCCCAUCUGCUGGACCCUCGCCCCUCAUGGCCAAGGCGGUUCCCGCCACGGACAAGAAGGACAAUGAAUAAAAAAAGACGUGACGCUUUUCUUUGUUCUCGGUGUCUUUGCAUUUUUGGGGGAGGGAAUAGACUCGGCGGGGCUGUGG